GGGAUGAGCAGCCGAGGGCAGGGAUCGGGGGGAAAUACGUUGGAGGUGGUCUGUUCCAUAUUAGGAUUCUCGGAAUGAACGCUGAGUCCCAGUGAUCCUGCGAGUGGAGACGCGACUGUGCAUCAGUAGAGGCCAGCGAACGCAAAUGUGUAGCUCAACGCACUGUAAGCAUCGUAAAACUGUCGGGACGCGGAGAGGGGGGUUGGAGGCCGAGCGGCGCCGGGGUCAUUGUUGCAUUUUUUAAGGGAGAGGCGGAGGACCGUGAAUGACUGGACCCAAGCCCAAGGCCAUGCAGUGCUCGUGGAAGGCGGUGCUGCUGCUGGUGGCGGCGUCGCUGGCCGUCCAGUACACGGCCAUCCGCAGCUUCAUCACCAAGCCCUUGGCCAUCUGCCGUGUGGCCAAGCCUCGGGACUGCCAGGCCUCCACCACCACCUCGUGCCCUCCCCAAUGGCCGCCCACCAGCCACAUCUUGGUGCUCGCCACCACCCGCAGCGGCUCCUCCUUCGUGGGGCAGCUCCUCAACCAGCACUCGGACAUCUUCUACCUGUUCGAGCCGCUCUACCACGUGCAGACGGCGCUGAUCAACACCAGCGUGAGGGUGCGCCCGCCGGCCGACGGCCGACGCCUGUUGCUGGGCGCGUACCGGGACCUGCUCCGGGGCCUGUUCGGCUGCCGGCUCCAGGAGCUCGAGGCCUACAUCAAGCCGGCGCCGGAGCUCCACCGCACACAGCGCCUCUUCCGGCGGGGAGCGAGCAGGGCGCUGUGCGCGCCGCCGGUCUGCGCAUCCCGCCCGCCCCCAGAGCCGGGGGAGGGGCAGGGGGGAGGGGCCGAGGGCGAGCGCUGGGAGGAGGGCGAGUGCGUGCGCAAGUGCGGCUCGCUCAACCUCACGCUGGCCUCGCGCGUCUGCCUCCAUCGCCACCACGUGGCCAUCAAGACGGUUCGGAUCCCCGAGGUGGGAGACCUCCGAACGCUGCUGGAGGACCCCCGCCUCAACCUCAAGGUGAUCCAGCUGGUGCGGGACCCCCGCGGCAUCCUGGCGUCGCGCAUCGACACCUUCCCCGACAGUUUCCGCGCCUGGAAGAUCUGGCGCAACAGCGGCCGCAAACCCUACAACCUGGACGCCUCGCACCUGAGCGCCACCUGCGCCGACUUCCUGCGCUCGGCCGGCACAGGCCUAGCCCGGCCCGGCUGGCUCAAGGGCAGGUACAUGCUGGUCCGGUACGAGGACCUGGCCAGGGAGCCCGAGAAGAAGACCAGGGAGAUCUACCGCUUCCUCGGGGUCUCGCUGGACGCCAACGUCAAGAGGUGGAUCCUCAACAACACCAGGGGCGCCGGUGCCUCCGGCAACCACAAAUACGCCACGGUCCGAGACUCGGCCGCCACCGCUGAAGGUUGGAGGCUCAAACUCACCUUCGACAUGGUGGAGCUGGUGCAGGACAUCUGCAACCUGACUCUGGCACAGCUGGGCUACAGAAUGGUCAACUCGGCCGAGGAGCUGAGAAACGUCUCCAUCAGUCUAGCUGAAGAUAGGACCUUCCUACCCUUUUUGUAAUUAUGAAUAGUUUGUGCCAUUUGGUGAUAUAUUUUUGAUAUCUAUUAUAUAUAAAGUGUUCUUACAUUGUUGGGUAAUUUCCCCCUGCGUACACACACGAAGAGGGUUGCCAACGUUUGUUGAAUGUAUUAUAGGAGACGUUGAUCACUCCACGCUAACAUAGACGGCACUACCAAAUAACUCAUCAACACUGUACCAUAGUUUAUGAUUAUAAUCAGGCAGCCUUUACUUUCUUAUAUGCAAAAGGUUAUUUAUUAAUUAGAACACAACGUGCUAGGAACCUACCAGAUCUGGCAAUGACCAUGGAGGGAAUGGGCAGAUAAUGUUUAAGGGUCCCUGACCUGAGAAGUCCCAGACAUGCCUUGUCACCUCAGCUAGCUCAUCUACAAUAGACAAUAGGUGCAGGAGUAGGCCAUUCCUCCCUUCUAGCCAGCACCGCCAUUCAAUGUGAUCAUGGCUGAUUAUCCCCAAUCAGUACCCCGUUCCUGCCUUCUCCCCCUAUCUAGCUCUCUCUUGAAAGCAUCCAGAGAACCUGCUUCCACCGCCGUCUGAGGCAGAGAAUUCCACAGACUCACCACUCUCUGUGAGAAAAAGUGUUUCCUCGUCUCCUUUCUAAAUGGCUUAAUCCUUAUUCUUAAACUGUGGCCCCUGGUUCUGGACUCCCCCCAACAUCGGGAACAUGUUUCCUGCCUCUAGCGUGUCCAAACCCUUAACAAUCUUAUAUGUUUCAAUGAGAUACCCUCUCAUCCUUCUAAACUCCAGAGUGUACAAGCCCAGCUGCUCUAUUCUCUCAGCAUAUGACAGUCCCGCCAUCCUGAGAAUUAACCUUGUAAACCUACGCUGCACUCCCUCAAUAGCAAGAAUGUCCUUCCUCAAAUACAGUGUUGCAUUUUUUCUCUUACUUAUUUUAAAGUUAAGGACUAUUUUUCAUUCGCAGUAUUCACUCCUAUCAUAGAAAUAUAGAAUAUAGGUGCAGUAGGCCAUUCGGCCUUUCGUGCCAGCAACGCCAUUCAAUAUGAUCAUGGCUGAUCAUCCAAAUCAGUACCCUAUUCCUACUUUCUCCCCAUAUCCCUCGAUUCAUUUAGCCCUAAGAGCUAGAUCUAAUUAUCUCUUGAAAACAUCCAGUGAAUUGGCUUCCACUGCUUUCUGUGGCAGAGAAUUUCACAGAUUCACAACUGUGGGUGAAAGAGUUUUUCCUCAUCUCAGUCAUAAAUGGCCUACCCAUUAUUGUUAAACUGUGACCCCUGGUUCUGGACUCCCUCAACAUGAGGGAACAUUUUUUCUGCAUCUAGCCUGUCCAAUCCUUUAAGAUGAUGUUAUGACGCUGACACCACCACUAGACACAACCACCAGACAAUGGGAUCCCUCUGCAACCCAAACUAAUCAGUGGCUGGUCCUCCCAACAAAGUGCGAGGGAGGAAUGAAGCAGCGGUGGCAGGGUGGGCUGCAGGGAGGGUAACCCUGUGGCUGCAUCUCUUCUGUCUCUGCAGCGAGGCUCCCACUGCAUUGUCCUCGAACUUCGGCAGCAGCUGGCUGGCCUUCGACUUCACCUUACCGUGGUUCGUGACGACAAUCACCUCCGUCCCUUCACCCCUGGAAUUCUGUGCCUCCUGCCAGUCAGUGAUAGACAUGGGUGCCAUGUGGACAACUUACAAAAUGCAGUUAUAACCGAGGACUUGUACAGUGUUACUUGACUAUUUUCACAGCUUCUCCCAAGCCUACAAAAUGCUGGAGUAACUCUGCGGAACAGGCAGCAUCUCUGGAGAGAAGCAAUGGGCGACAUUUUAGGUCGAGACCCUCGUCCAGUCUGAAGAAGUGUCUCGACCCGAAACGUCACCCAUCCCUUCUCUCCAGAUAUGCUGCCUGUCCCGCUGAGUUACUCCAGCGUUUGUGUCUAUCUUCGGUUUAAACCAGCAUCUGCAGUUCCUUCCAACGCACUACAAUCCAGAGGGUCCAAUUCAAAAGGAGAUGAGCAGAAGAUGCACUGAGAUGCCACCAACCACAAGAUGGCCUCCAAGAUAAUAGGCAUUAUCCCAACUUGGAAAGAUAUCACCAUUCCUUCAUUGUCAUUGAGUCUAAAUCCUGACACUUUCCCCAUCAGCACUGUAGGACGAUGGUUCAAGUAGGUGGAUCAUGUUAUCUUUACGAGGCAAUUAGGAACAUAUGAGAUGUCCUAGUCAGCGAUGGCCGCAUUGUGUGAACAUAGUACAGUACAGUAUAGGAACAGACCCUUCAGCCCAUAACGUCCUUGCCUAACAUGAUACCACAUUAAACUGAUAUCCUCGGCUUACACGUGAUCCAUAACCCUCCAUACCCGACAUAACCAUAUGCACACGGAGGGGUAUGGACCUACACACCUCUUUAAUAAUCAAAUAAAGAAGCAAUGUUUGAAAAUAAUUGGAAAAUAUAUUUCUGUCUCCCUAUGAUUUUCUCCAGGGAUUGCUUAAAUCCUGGAGAUUAAUCCCUGUAGCCACUUUAGGCGACUCACGACCCAUACAGGCAUCGCCCCGCGACCAUAUGGGACAGGGGCUUGAAAGGCACACUGGAAGGUUGGCAACCCUAACACAAACACACAAAAAAAUCCCUGUUGAUAAAACAAACUUGAGGCAUCGCACAAGGCUUCAGAGAGCUUCUCGGAUAGGGUGGUAGUUCAAAAAAAAUUGCAGAAUUCCCAACUUUUUAUUGUGGGUGAAUAUGUUUAUUAAAAAUGUGGAAUAUUUGAAUAUUUUUUAAAUGUAUUGUAUCUUUCUAAAAUGUCAGAUAUCUUAAAGGAACCAACAUUUCUGUAUUGAAGUAUUUUUAAUACACUAUGACAUUUCUCCGUUUUCCAUUCCCCCCCCUCGAAGCAUUCCUGGUGUUGGUCGGGAAUUUUGUAUAUUGUGUUAGAGUUCAUGCCAAAAUAUGUGUUCGGUUGUCGUCUGUUGAAGAGCCAACCUGUCAUUUGAAAUAAUCAUUAACGAGAGGGGGGGGAAAGCUCAGAUUUGGCCAGUGUUGUCAGAUUCGUUAACCACAUGCGGCUGAUUGAUUUAUCCAGGAGUGGGCAAUUUUCUGACAGAUGAGCUACAUAACAAAUGAGUGUUUGUCACCAUCAUUGCAUGUGGUCCCUGUUCUUUUGCAUGGUGUAUGCAUGCAUAUUUUAAUAACCCUCUGUGCCUUGUUGGUAAAAUGGUAAGUUAAAAAGCAUCGUGUGCAAGUCUAACUCAAUCAUUGUGAUCGCUUCACAUUCAUUCUCACUAACAGGUGCUAGGGAUUUGUCAAAUAAAUAUCCAUGGGAUGCAUAGAUCUUUAUUGUGCGCGUGUUUGUGUGUUUGCGUGUGUGUGCCCAUGAGUUUGUUUGUAUGUGUAAGACCCUGAACACAAUUGGGUUAUGUAGUUAGAAUUGUCCUUAUGACCAGCCAGGAAUUUCCACCACUGAACAACACUGGACAAGCCUGUUCCCAUUAAAAACAAGCAGGGGUCUACUGGAGCUCAUGUGACAAGUGACAUGUAUUUGUUCAAGUUAACUUUAGUUUGAAAGUUUUCAAAGCACUCUGGAGUAGCUGCACCUCUGCGUGCAGUUGUCAGAAGAAAUUCACUUUUGAAUAUCUGCGUUGAAUUGACUGUACUUCCAAAAUGUAGUACACCCACCUCAUAGGUUCACGUUUCAAUCUGGAGGGUUGUGCACAACAUCUGGGGAGAACCUGAUCCAAUUUAGUUCACUUUAGAAGCACAGAGUGGGCCUGUCCACCGAAUCCACCCCAACUAUCGAUUGCCCGAAAACUAGUUCUAUAUCAUCCCACUUUCCUACACACAAGGGGCAAUUUACACAAGCCGAUUAACCUGUAAACCCGCACGUCUUUGAAAUGUGGGCGGAAACUGGAGCAUCUGGAGAAAACCCAUGCUGUCACAGAGAGAACGUACAAACUCCACACAGACAGCACCUGCAGUCGGGAUGGAACCCGGGUUUCCGGCGCUGUGAGGCAGCAGCUCUACCCCUGCGCCACUGUGCCGCGAUCGAGGGAGUUAGCCGCCUUCCCAGUGCAAAAUUAGACAAGCUCUGUUACGAUAUUUCAAAUGGAAUAGAGAACAUUCCCGUAGCAAUGGCCAAUAAUUAUCCUUCAAAUAUCAAAAAGCUAAUUAUUAACUUCAACGACCGUCCUAUUGGAUUCUACGUUAUAUCGAAGACUACACUUCUAAAGUAUUUCAUUGGCUACAAUGUACUUUAUGACACUGUGGAUGUUUCAGGAGCUAUAGAAAUGAAAGUUCCUUUAAUUUAUGCGUGUUGGGAGUUGGAGUUUGAUAGAAAGUCAGUGACAGGCAGGAUGUUUAUAAAACCACAGCGGGAAUGGAAGUUAGUCCAUUUUUCCUACCAUUCACCUCCAGAAAUAUAAUUUAAAUCUUAUUGCAUCAUCUGUAUGCUUUGGAGGUUGACAAUGUCUCUUGGCAAUAAAAGUAUUAAAAUAGACCCAGUCGAGGAUUUGCAUUGAUUUAAGCAGAAACUCAUCUUCAGUGUACAUCAGCCUAUGUACGGCACUUUGGAUUUCAAAACAUUGUUGUGAAUGGAACAUCAAUCCCUGAAUAAAGUCUUGUGUACUUGUAUUUUUAAACAUUGCUUAAAUGUACGUUUCUCAGAGUACGUUUUUUACGUUCUGGAAGACAUCCAUGCACUUAGCUGGAACGAACGUAAAGCAUUCCUCUUUGGAGCUACUGUGGGUUUUCGGCCACUCCCUGGAUGGGAGGCCAAUGCUUUGGCAUUCACUCAUCACCACCUGUGAAUGGUUGUUUCCCAGUGUUCACCCCGGUUACAAGGCAUAACGACAUCCUGAUUUUCAAUGUGGAGAAAAUGACGUCUGAGAACGAUUAUUUUCCAUAUUCCAAAUAGAAAGAGACAAAAAUAAAGCUUGACUUAAAAUUACUGAUUGCCAGACCCCCCACAAAAUAACAAGGCACAUACAGAAAGGGCUUUUGUCUGUGGCUAUACUCGAGACAUUUCUCUUUCAAUGUGUUGUCUGACCCAUAGAGUACACCCAAUGUUUUCUGAUAUGAUUUCAGAUUUCCAGCAUCUUGUCUUUGGUAUUUCAUGAAAAAUAAUAAUAUUUAAUCAAAAGUGAAACAAAAGCGACUUCUCUGAGUGCAACAGGUUUUUGAGGUUUUUGCCUUUGGAAAAGAAAGAAAAUCUGCAAGAUGAAAUAUGAAUUGUAUGAAUUGCUCCAGCCCUUGAUUUUUUUCAGUGGAAUGUGGAUCAAAUACAUAUAUACCGAUUAUAAUCUUUACAGGAGGAAUGGAUUUAAACCUCAAAGAAUAGGCAGUUCUUGCAUUAGCCAAGUGGCAGGGAAAGGUGUAAAAUCACUUUAUGUAUUUCAAUUCUCAUGAAAAAUAUAGUUUCACACCGACACAUGGGAUAUUGUCAUUUUAAGUUUCUUUCAAAGCUGUUGAAAAUAAAAUAUGCACCCUU